AUGUUUCCUACACGGACCCUCUUCGGUCAAGCUCGCCUGACUCUUUUCACUCGCGUUGGCUGUGGUCUUUGCGACAACGCCCGAAAAACCAUCGUCCAAUUGAAGAAACGCCGGCCUUUUGAAUACAUCGAGGCGUACGUCGACGAGCCCGAGAAUAAGAAAUGGAAGGACGUCUACGAUUUUGAUGUGCCUGUUCUUCAUGUUCAGUCCGUAAAAGAGGGUCUUCCCAAGGAGGCUACGCUCUCCGACGCGCGGAAGCUCUUUCACAGAAUGACUGAACAGGAGGUCGAGCAAUUGGUGGACGAAGCCGAAACUUAA